AAAGCUCUGCACAAAUGGCGCCGGCCCAGUCACAGGCCAUGCCGGGCGGCGAGGCCAAGGGCUUCGCGGCAAUCGCGCAGAAAUUCGUCCUGACCGGCACGUCGUCGAUGAUGGCGGAGGGCGCGACCUUCCCGAUCGACAUCACGAAGACGCGCUUGCAGCUGCAGGGCCAGCCGGACUUUGUGGGCACCAAGCACGGCUUCGUUGGCAUGAUGGGCAACAUCAUGAAGAACGAGGGCAUCGGCGGCCUGUAUGCGGGCGUGACUCCCGCCAUCGCGCGGCACAUCCCGUACACGGGCUUCCGCGCGAUCGGGUACGAGUACAUCCGCGCCUUCUUCUGCGGCGAUAAGCCCAAGGAGCAGGCGCCCCUCCUCGCCAAGAUGGCGGCGGGCAUGACUGCGGGCGGCAUCGGCCAGGCCAUCGCCGUGCCGUGCGACCUGAUCAAGGUGCGCAUGCAGGGCGACGGGCGGCUGGUCGCGGCGGGCAAGCUCGACAAGCCACGCUACACCGGCCUCUUCGACGCCUUCACGAAGAUCAAGGCGGAGGCCGGCAUCGGCGGCUUCUACGCCGGCUGCUCCCCCGCCAUCCUGCGCGCUGCACUCGUCAACCUCGGCGAGCUGACCACCUACGACUCCGCCAAGAAGGCCAUCGUCGUCUACACGGGCGACAACCUGAAGUGCCACCUCGCCUCGGCCAUCUGCUCUGGCUUCGUCGCCUCGCUCUGCUCGACGCCGGCCGACGUGGCCAAGUCGCGCAUCAUGGGGCAGGCCAAGCUGCCCGACGGCACCAUGCCGUACAACGGCACCUUCGACUGCUGGGCCAAGGUUGUUCGCAACGAGGGCCCGCUCGCCCUGUACAAGGGCUUUGUGCCCGGCUGGCUGCGCCUCGGCCCGUGGCAGCUCGUCUUCUGGGUGUCGUACGAGCAGCUCCGCAUCGCCACCGGCAUCGGCGGCUUCAAGUAGAGCGCCCUGCCGCGGAAGUCAGCGCGCCUGCGUGCAUGCACAUGCGCAUUCCCCUGCAUGCACGCGCGCACGUGGCUGGGGGGAGCGCCGCCGCCACUACUACGCCGUCCCGCCAUGGCCGCGCCCUGCCCGAGCCGAGCGCAGAGCCGCGCCGUCGCGCCCCUACCGACUCGCUGCCGGCCGCCCGAUGCACGCACACGACGUCGUGCCGUGUAUCGACCGUAUUUUGUGGAGAGGUGCGUUGUGAGAGAUGUUGUCGUGUGUGCGGGAUAUAUCGCGAGAGAGCUAGAGUCUCGGUGUUGUACAGCGUUUUAUUACAAUUCGCCGCUUCGAGAUGAGCUCACCGGACGCCGCGAACGCAUGUGCAGUGGAUCCUGCAGAGUGCAGUGGAGAUCGGUCCGAGAUUGUCGUCGGCGCCGCGCGCGGCGCGCGCACACACGCGCGCAGCCGCAGGCGACCGCGAGAGCGAGAUAUGCAUAUGGCCAAUCCAAAACCCCGAGAUGCGAGAACGAUAAACGCUCAGUCGAAGUCUAGAGGCCCCCUUUUCGCGUCGGCGAUCAGCGCCCUAGCCGCUCCUUGGCGCCGUCGGUGAGGCCCUGAACCUUCGCC